GGACAGGAGGGCCCUGAUCCUGGGAACUUACAAUCUAAGAGGGAGGGGCUAGUGCCUAUGUUAUGCUAUGGAGACACAUCAUGUUUGUAACUGUCAAUCUUGCAAUGCCACAUGGGCAGAGGCGGACUGACCAUUUGGAAACUCGGGCACUGCCCGAGGGCCCGGGGUCAGUAGGGGGCCCCAUGAGAUGCCCCUGGUACCUUUUUCAUAGGCUUUUUUGAGUUUGGGCAAGGACACAGGGGCCCCAUGAUUCCCUAUUGCCCGGGGGCCCCAUGA